AUGAAGAACCAGUACGCUGCUGGUGUCACUCCUGGCCUGGCAUUCGCGGUCUACUAUUGUGGUAGAGACGAUAUUGCCUUCGAACUCAGAUGGUGCACGAGCACUGUCACUCUAAAUAGGCCUGAGCAGUCUCUUUCUUUAUGUGGAACUCGCAUGUCGUCGAUUCAGGAUAUCAAGACACCACCUUCAGGUGACGCAACGGUAGCCUGUCUCCUCGAGGUCAAGGGCGAUCUUUAUGCUCUUGGUCCUGCACAUCUUCUCACCCGAAAAGACGCUUCCAAGUCUCAGGAGCAGUUGCUCGCUGAGUUGCUACAGAUGGACGAAGACGAAGACGAAGACAUCGCUUGGGAGGAAGAUGAAAAAAACGACAGCGACUACGACGAAAGCGACGGCGGUUACGCCUCAGCUAAUGACAUCAUAUCCGAUAAGGAUACGCUUAACAGUGAUACAACACCACCCGAUAGUCUUUCUCCUUCGCCACAAGAAAGCACUCACGAUCCAAGGGAUGAAGGUGUCACAGUUUUGUUUCCGGGCCCAGAUGACCUACAGGAGGACAACGCGGAUGGCGAUUGGGCGGUUACACUCAUUCAGAAGCCUGAGCAACAGCUGCCGAACUUGUAUUCUGUGGAGCAGCAAAUCUCUGGGCAGGAAUCCCCGAAGCAGGAAGCUCCUAAGCUCCGACACAUAGUCGAGUUUGCGAGUGAGCCAUCAAAAGACGAUACCGAGCCUAUAGUGGAGAGGUCCGUCCAUAUACUCACCUCUUCCUCGACAAAGCAGGGCAAGCUCCUCCCAGGGUUCGCCAACAUUUCCGGUCUAAGCGCACGCGGGCACUGCAACGUACAUAUAGUGGCGAUCGACGAAUCCGAUAGUAUCGUAGCCGGCGACUCAGGGUCUCUUGUUGUUGAUGCGCAAACUUCCCUGGCCUAUGGUCAUGUCGUGGCCACAAGUCCGCAAGGCUAUGCCUACAUUGUGCCUCUGUACACAACAAUCCGUCAGAUGAAGGCAUUCUUCGGGACCGCCAACGUCCGUUUGCCAGAACCCCUACAUUUGCUAUCCCGAGUAGCACUUCACUACGUUACCACUAAGCAUUUCUGCCAAGCUGAAGAAGCUGUCAUCGCGUUGACCGAUCUUGUGCAAGAUGUUUGCAACUCUCGCCAAUGGGAGCGACUAGCCCUAUGGAUCAGGAUUUCCGCGGCACGAACUAACUUGCUUGAUAUUUGGGAUGACAAGCUGGCACAACUCUUUUCUGACAAAUACGAAAACCAAUCUAUCAGGAAGUGGUUGACAGUGACGCAUGCCUUUCGGGAGCGGUUUCGAGCCGAGAACCUCAGCGUAGAUGAAUAUCGCUUCACACCCCACCCCAAGCCCUUCUACGACUUUGCGUCAGCAGUACUGCCACAGAUUCUGGAGGAACUCAGCGCGCCCUACAACACGACCUUACGAUCGUGUCGAACGUGCCGACAUUCUCGCUAUGAUAUCUGCGUCAUCACUCCGCUUCUCAAUUCCGGUCCCGACGGCAUGACUUCCAACUCUUCGAUCAUCAAAGCAAUCAUCACUCAACUGUUGUCUGCAUUGAACGUCACCUCUUCUAGCCGAUUUACUCGGCGUUCUGAGCUCCGACGUCGGUUUCCGUUUACGGGGUAUCCCAACGGCCUGCAGAAUCUAGCAGUUGUCCUCGACAUUCACCUAACCUUGACGGUGGCAUGCUCACAAAUCGACCUCCAGCGAACCAACAUCGUGCCCUUCAACGAGCGGCUUGAGUUCCUCGAACCGCUUACAAAAGGCACGCUCGCAUCUGUAUACCGCGCGACCUCUUGGUGUGCGGAUGCAAAGGGAAAGAUCGAGAUCGCGGUCAAGAAGGUCUCGAAGAGUACCACCACUGUGGUUCAAUGGCUAAACGAAGAGCGAAUUCUCCAGCAACUGCAAACAUACAACGAUCCGCAUAUUGUCGAGUUGUUGACCUCAUAUUGCACCUUGGACAGCUACGCACUCGUCUUCCCGCUGGCGAACGGCAACAUGGAUCAACUCAUGGAGCGUGAUAUCCGUGCCUCCAGCCUUGAGCUUACAGCGACAUGGGUAGUGAAGCAGAUACAGGGCUUGGCUAAAGCACUACAAUACCUCCACACCGGGGAUGAGCAUACGAAGAUCUUCGGGAGACAUGGCGACAUAAAUCCUAGCAACAUCUUGUGGUACAACGACACUGAGGAAGACGGGAUACCCCCGUUGGGCACCCUGAAAAUUGCCGAUUUCGGCCGUUCGGAACUGCGCUCCCUAGGUGAAAGACGACCAAGCAUCCGCAAGGCUCUUUGUGAAGAAACCCCACUCCAUUGUAUCGAUUACUCAUAUGGCACUUAUGCUGCUCCGGAGUGCGAGUUACCUACAAGCGUCUGUCCUGAUCGCCGGACCUCUGACAUCUGGAGUCUAGGCUGCGUGUUUCUGGAAUUCCUUAUCUGGACUGUGGAAGGCGCAAAGGAAGUAAGGCGACUGCACCAGAAGCUUCGCUCUGACGUACCAGGGCGUGGGACGUCGUUCUGGCACCUAGAAGUGUCGACACAUCAACUCCUGUUCUCUCUCAACCCUCCGAUCAAAGAGUAUCUAGAGAGGCUAUCGCAGUAUGCGAAAGACAAUGCUAAGCUACGGGCUGCCGUUGAUCUUCUUGUCUACGGAGGUGUUCUGGACCCAAAUCCUCACGAGCGUCCGACAGCGAAGCAAUUGGGAGAAGAACUGAGGAGCAUCAGUAUCGAAAUUGUGCAUGAUCACACCGUCGCUAAACGUCCUGUUUGGACACGCCUUUGGACCUACACGCUUGUAGACCCACCGCAACGCCGUCAUACUGUGAUGAGGAACGGUUACGACUCCAAUAUCGUGUUUGGCACACUGUUACUGCCAUACCCCAAUAUGGCGGGUGCAGCAUUCCUCGAGAACGAAAUCACUAUCGAUUCGGAGCAUUACCAGGACAUGGACGACGAAUCGCUGUUGCAUGAACUGUAA